UGUCUCUUCUGAGCUCUGUGUCUUUCUUGCAGCAGCAGCCUCACUAUGGAGAGUGGCACUAGCCUGGCAUCCACGCCUAGUGUGCUGCCGUACUACGUGUUCUUCUCCCAGCUGCUGGGCCUGACUGUGGUGGCCAUGACCGGUGCUUGGCUGGGUCUAUACAGAGGUGGCACUGCCUGGGAAGGUGCCCAGCAGUUUAACGUGCACCCCCUCUGCAUGGUUGUAGGCAUGGUCUUCCUGCAGGGUGAUGCCCUGCUGGUUUACCGGGUCUUCAGGAAAGAGGCCAAACGCACGACCAAGGUCCUGCACGGGUUGCUGCACAUCUUUGCGUUCAUCAUCGCCCUGGUGGGCUUGGUUGCGGUGUUCGACUACCACAAGAAGAAGGGCUAUGCGGACCUGUACAGCCUGCAUAGCUGGUGCGGGCUCCUUGUCUUUGUCCUUUACUUUGUGCAGUGGCUUAUGGGCUUCAGCUUCUUCCUGUUUCCUGGAGCUUCAUCUUCUCUUCGGAACCGCUAUCGCCCUCAGCAUGUCUUCUUUGGUGCCACCAUUUUUGUCCUAUCUGUGGGCACAGCCCUGCUGGGCCUGAAGGAAGCGCUGCUGUUUAAGCUUGGGGUCAAGUACAGCACAUUCCAGCCUGAGGGGGUCCUGGCCAACGUGCUGGGCCUGCUGCUGGUCUGCUUUGGGGUGGUUGUGCUCUACGUCCUGGCUCAAGCUGACUGGAAGCGGCCUCCCCAGGCUGAAGAGCAAGCCCUUUCCAUGGACUUCAAGAGGCUGACGGAGGGAGACAGUCCCAGCUCCCAGUAA